UACAUGUAUUUCCAGAAAAACUUUAUUGUCCUGUGUGCCUUGAAAUCUUCAAGUCUCCUGUUCUUCUGUCGUGUGAUCACAGUUUCUGUAAAGAGUGUCUUCAUCAGUCUUGGAGAAGCGAAAAAACUCGGGAGUGUCCAGUCUGCAGGAGAAGAUCCUCAAGAGAGUUAAUUCCUCCUAAUAUGGCGUUAAAUAACUUGUGUGAAUCGUUCCUGAAGGAGAGAGAUAAGAGUCGAUCAUCAGGAUCUGAGGAGAUCUGCAGUUUACACAGUGAGAAACUCAAACUCUUCUGUCUGGAGGACAAUCAGCCGGUGUGUGUAGUGUGCAGAGAUUCACAGAAACACGCCAAUCACACUUUCAGACCCAUCAGUGAAAUUGGUCCAUCAUAUAAGGAGGAACUGAAGUCCUUAAAAGAGAAACCUAAAAACAAAGAAAACAUUAAAGGAGAGAAAACAGUUCAACCCACCAAGGACAUAAAUUAUCUCAAGAAGAAAAGCCUCUUAAUUGAAGAUGGAAAUCCUGCUCGAUAUCAUCUGCAAAAAAAGACAGACAAUAUUGAUGAAUCUGAACUAUAUAGAAAAAUGACCUUUGGAGAGAGAGACUUAAAGAAACCCCAUAAAACCAUUCUGCUGGUGGGAGAAACAGGAACAGGAAAAACAAAACUGAUCAAUGUGAUGAUCAACUACAUGUUAGAUGUUCAGAGAGAAGACAAGGUUUGGUUUGAGAUCACAGAUGAUCAGAGUGACCGAACAUCAGCUCACAGUCAGACCUCCAGCAUCACUGUUUAUGGGUUUUAUCUACAAGAGAGUAAAACUGAUCUAACAAUCAUCGACACACCAGGAUAUGGAAACACUCGUGGAGCUGAGAAAGAUAAAGAGAUUGCUGAGAGUUUGCUUCGUUUAUUUACAGCUGAAGAAAGUGUUCAUGAAAUGGAUGCAGUGUGUCUGGUGAUUAUGGCACAACAAAAUCGUCUCUCUGACAGACAGAUAUACAUAUUUGAUUCUGUUCAGUCUUUAUUUGGGAGAGAUAUUGCUGAAAAUAUCGUCUUGCUCUUCACACACUCAGAUGGAGCUCGACCUAAAAAUGUCCUGACGGCUGUUAAAGAGGCUAAAAUCAAGUGUGCAGUGAAUGACAAGAAUCAGCCGGUGUUUUUCCUGUUUAAUAACUGUCAGUCAGACGCUGCUGAUGAAGAAGAUGAUGAUGAUGAAGAUCAUGAACAGAGGCGGGAUCAAUCAUGGAAUCGUAGUUUUAGAGGAACAGAAGGAUUGUUCAAGUUUCUUGAGAGUGUAAAACCAAAAUCCCUGAAGAUGACUCGAGAUGUGUUGCAACAACAGAAACACCUGGUGGCAAAUAUCUCUAAUCUAAAAGCACGAGUUCAAAUGACAGAACUAAAACAAAAUGAGCUGAAACAAACUCAAGAAGCUCUGGAGAAGAACAAGAAAAAUGUAGAGGAAAAUAAUGACUUCGAGUAUGAAGUUGACGUGCCCUAUAAAGAGAAGGUUGAUAUUGAUCUCUCUAAAGCCAAAGAGGCGAUGUGCUGCAGCGUCUGUGAGGAGAACUGUCAUUAUCCAGGAUGCUGGUGGGCCAGUGAUCUCUCAUGGUGCGAAGUGAUGAAAGAUAAUCACUGUACAGUGUGCACAAAUAAAUGCCACUACACCAAACAUGUCAAAGAAGAGAAAAUAUAUGUAACAAAGACAAGAAAGGAGAAAAAGACAUAUGAAAAAUUAAAGAAGAAUUAUGAUGGGAAGAUUGGGGACGGUGAGUCUCUGGCCAAGAAGCUGAAAAAAGAACUGCAGGAAUUAAAGAAAGAGAAAAUAAAGCUGGUGAUUGAAGCUUUUCACUGUGUGAAUACUCUGGAGAUGAUCGCACUCAAUGCUGAUUCUGUGUUAACACUUCAGCCCAUUGAUUCUCUGAUUGAGAAACUGAAGGAAAUAAAUGAGCCUGAAAAGGCAGAAAUACUGGAAAAGAUCAAGAAGAGAGCAGGAGAAGAAAAACAAGAAGCUCUGGGAUACAGUGCUAGAUUUUAAUAUAUUUUAAUAAUCACAAAUAAUACCUCAUCUCAAAUGAUGCUGACACUGAAAAUCUGAAAUCCUAAAAAUGUUUCUGCUGUAUUCAAAAGCAUGUCCUUCAUGUGAUGUUAAGAUAUAUUAUCAUUGAUCAUAAUUGGAAUGUUUCAUGAAUCUAACAUUUUUCUAUCAUCACACUAGCCUGUAUUUUCCAUUUGUACAUUGUUGCAUAAACUGCAAUAAACUGCAUCUGCAAAGUUAACUAAUGAAGUGAUUACUGUGAAUUCUGUAUAUUCAUUUAUACAGUAAGAUACUAUUGAAAAUACAGAAAUAUACUGUAAAAGCAACAAAUAGCCAGAACAUUGUAAUUCAUCAUACAAUGAUAUGCAUGUAAUAAUCAUUGUCACUAAGAGGCUGUUAGACUGUUUUAACUGUAUUAUAAAGCACUGUCAUCUAGAGGCCAUAUGAGAAACUUGAAUAUCAUAACAGGUGAAAAACAUGAUAUACAUUUCUAAACUCUGCUUUACUAUUAAUGUGGAUGUGCUGUUCAUUCUCUGACAUUUUUG